CGAGAGAGUGUAGAGAGUCCCGGGCUGGCAGACGCCGCACCAUGGCCGCCACGCUCCGCCAGACUCCUCUCACCUGCAGUGGUCACACCAGACCCGUUGUCCACCUCGCCUUCUCCAGGCUCUGUAAUGAUGGCUACUUCCUCAUCUCGGCCAGUAAAGAUGGGAAGCCGAUGCUACGUCAAGGCAACACUGGUGACUGGAUUGGAACAUUCGAGGGUCAUAAGGGAGCGGUGUGGGGAGUAGCUCUUAAUGGGGAUGCUUCACGGGCUGCCACAGCAGCUGCCGAUUUUACAGCCAAGGUAUGGGAUGCUGUUUCUGGGGAAGAGUUGCACUCCUUCUCACAUUCCCAUAUUGUCAAGACUGUUGCAUACUCCCCUAAUUCAAUUGAACUCCUUACUGGCUCACAUGAGAAGCUUCUCAAAAUAUUUGACUUGGAAAAACCAGAAGCGGAACCUCAGGUUUUUGCUGGUCAUACUGGAGGCCUGAAACAUGUUCUUUUCAUGAACGAUGGGAAACAGAUGGUGAGCUGUGCCGAAGACAAGACCAUUCGCGUCUGGGAUAAAGCAUCUCGCCAGGAGACUCAGAAGCUGGAGGUGGCACAUAACCCAACAAGUAUGGAGCUGAGCGCUGAUGGUGAAACCUUAACUGUAGCAUAUGGUUCUAAGGUUGCGUUCCUCAACCCACACACACUUGAACUUCAGCGUGAAGUGACUGUUCCUACAGCUGUGUACUCGGCCUCUCUUCAUCCUGAUCGUUCUGUCUUUAUCUGCGGUGGAGAAGAUUUCAAGAUGUACAAAUUUGACUACAACACUAACGUGGAGAUAGAAUCUUUCAAAGGUCAUUUUGGUCCUGUCCACUGUGUUAGAUUCAGUCCUGAUGGUGAGCUUUAUGCCUCUGGAAGUGAAGACGGCACACUUCGACUGUGGCAGACAACUGUAGGGAAGACGUAUGGACUCUGGAAGUGUGUAGAUGCUGCUAAUGAGAAUAAUAUACCAAUUAAACCAGAGGCUACUGCUUAGUUUUAUGAAAUUUGUGAUUUUUUGAUUGCUGCUUAAUGAAAAUUAAAAUUCAGUUUGUAAGUACAUAGUUUCAUUUUGAAUGUGCUCUGAAUAAUAUACUGUAUAUAUUUUAUAAUGAAUGCCCAUUUUUCAUUAAUCAGCCUUCCUUCUUAUCAUGCUUGCUUAAAAAUUUGAGUAUUGGGGUGUUAAAUUGUAUAAAUUAACAGAGUAUUAUUUUUUUAUUGUAUAAAAUACAAAUAGCAGUUGCUUACAGUAAUGUGACCAUCUUUGUGGUAUUUUUUCAGCUACAGUCCUCUUGAUAAAGAAGUUAUUGUCAUCAUAUUAAUUCCAUGUUUUUUUACAUGCUGUGUAUAGUUUGUUAAAAGUUGAGUACUGUAUUAUAAUGGCAGCAAUAUGUAUGUCUGGCUAUUUCCCACCUCCACUUGAAUGGAAAUUAGAUUAUAGCUGUAUUGUGGCCAAAUAUCAACACCUAGGUGGACAUGUGCUUCAGCGAUGAACCCAAAUUCCCUUCAGUACAACAUUGCAACAUCCUAUGGAGGAAUUUCCUACCAAGUUGGCAGUAAUUUGCCACUAUACAGUAAGACUAAAUAUUUGUUGUACAAUGGAUCCACAAAAUACUAAACUUGUUUUUAAUACUUAUUCUAGUAUCUUAUAGUAAAGUAGUAAUUUCAUUAAUAAUGUUUGCAUAUUUUGGGAAUUGCAAAAGCUUUUGAGUAAUUUUACAAACAUUUAAAACCUAAAUUUAUUUUUGUGUACUUGGUGUGAAAUUUUGUCAAUUUUAUUCAUUUGAACAAUUUAGAUUUUGGGAGAUCCAAGUUUAAGAAAUAAUAUCGACAGAAUUAAUACAGAAACAAUAAGAUUGAUCAAGUGAUCGUGUGCGUCUUCUCAUAAUCGAACUCUCAGCAUGAUCAAUUAUAGUUUCAUGUUUAUUAUUUUUGUUGUGAAAUACUCACGAUGUGUUGCUAACCAUUCACAGGUAUAAGUUUGUAUUUGUGGUGCCUUAAAAAGUCUAAUAGGUGAAUAUUUAAUCAAACAAUUAUUAUAAUUUUUAUAUGUAAAUGUUGCCCUAAUGGUUUUUAGGUGUGUGUUGAUAAUGAUGUCCAAGUGGAUAUCCUUAAACAUUAUGUAAUGUAUUGAGAAACCCCUCAGUACCUCAGGUGUUGGGUUAAGUAUUUCAAAUUAUUUAUUUGUAUUGUUGAAACCUGGUAGAUAAAUUGGACCCUUAGCUUAGUGGAAUCUCAAAAGAUGUUAAACAUUCCUCUUUUUUUUUUUUUUUUUUUCUUACCCAGUCUGUUGCCGAUAUCAGCCUGCUAGUCAACUGGUUGUAGUUUCAGAUAUGUUUUUAUAAAAAAACAAAAUCC